CCCAUCUCGGCCCGGCCUGACCCGAGGGAUCAGGACGACCGUUAACAGUUGGAAGGCGUUGGACGAGGCAGUUUGGUGUGGGUGGUGGCCGUGUGAGCAGGACCUCGUUCGUAGUGUUAGCUGGUCGUUACGUCAGGGACAGUCGUUACGUUAAGGUGCCGGCGGAAUAACAUUAAAGCGACACUAACUUCCCCUGUGGACUCUAUUGUCACGACUUCCUGUUUAUUGGGAGCUAUCGCUUAUAGAGGACAAUAGCACGGGGACGACGAUCAGCUACCGACGAGGGACGCCGCUAAAACCAUGCGGAGCGCAAAGGUACUGCUCCUCCUCGCGACUUGGAGAAUCUCCGUCGCUGAAGACCUCUCCGCGACGGGGAACAAGACGUACCUGGAGAAGCGCCAGGAACACGAGGACUCCAAGAUGGUCGGGAUGAAGGAGGAGGACGUCUAUCUUAGCCACCCUCACACGGCCGCCCUCGAUCCUGAAGGGAAGUUUCAUCUGUCGUGGGCAGUGGAUUCCGAGGGCAAGGAGAUCACCCUGGAGAUCGCGGCGGAAACCCUCGGCUGGCUGGCCUUCGGGUUCUCACCUAGCGAGGCCGUGGCGGACGUGGACCUCCUGACGGGCUGGGUCGACCAAGAGGGCGUCGGGCACGUCCAGGAUCGCCACGGCCCCGGGGACAAGACGCCGCAGAUGGACGACCAACAGGACUGGCGACUGGCCAGGGCGAGCGAGAACGACACCCACACGCUCCUGGUCGUCACUCGAGACCUCAGCACCUGCGACGACCAGGACCUGCCGUUGCUGAACACGACCAAACGCCUCAUCUACGCCUACGGUACAUCGGACCCCGCCAACGCCACUUCCUUCGAGUACCUGAGCGCCGAGGCAACCAGGGGCUCGCGCUACCUGCUUCUCUUGCAGCCGCCCGCCCCCUUCCCGCCCAGUCUCGAGGACGCCCGAACUUGGAGUCUUAGUCAGAGUCUCAGCCUCGCCAAGGACCAGCGAGAUGUCCACUGGUGCAACAUUGUCCGAUUCCCGCACCUGGAGUCCCAAGUGCACUAUGUUGGGUUCGACAUGAAGCACGGACAGAACUCCCGCAAGCACCUUCAUCACCUGACCAUCUGGGAGUGCACAGGAGACCCCAACUCCGCCGCUUACAGACAAGGACGUGAACGUCUCAUGCACUACGCCUCACAACAAGGUCACGAGUGUUACAGCUCAAGCAUGCCCCUAGACUACAACAGUUGCAAUAAUCCUGUUAUUGUAUGGGCCACCGGGGGAGAGGGAGAGAGGGAGCCAGCCCAUGUUGGACUGCCCAUGGUUCCCGAAGUGGGUGAAUAUGCCUUCUUCCUGGUGGAGGCACACUAUGACAACUCCCCCAUGGCAGACAGCAUUAGUGUGGAGUGGGGUAUCGAUGUCUACUACACGGAUCAACUGCGAGAGUUCGAAUCGGCCUCGAUGUUCGUAGGCAACACUAUAAACUUCGCCCUGGUGAUCCCUCCGGGCAUAGACCACUGGACCACUUCCGGCCACUGCCCCGCCGGAUGCCUGUUGGACGGAAUGCCUGAGACUGGCAUCAAGGUGUACCAGGUCUUUCUGAAAGCACACGCGCUCGCGCGUAGCAUCCGGGUACGACACUUUCGAGACGGCAAGGAGCUUCCGCCACUCGCGCUGGACGACUACUACGACUCCAACUUCCAACAGGCUGUACGACUUCAGGAGGAGAGGACUGUCCUUCCCAGUGACCACAUCACCACAGAAUGCACUUACGACAGCAGUGGGAGAUCGAACGCCACUUUCUCCGGCUACGGCGCCCUUGAGGAACUGUGCUUGGCCGUCCUCUCCUACUACCCACGCCACACGCUCGUCGAAUGCACCUCCUCCACGUACCACGACGUUCUGAAGGAGGCGCUGGGGAUAAAGCAGCUGCAGAACGAGCAGAACCUCCUGGUGACGUCACAGUCUCGAGAGCCGAUGGACCUCCUCCUCCCGAAGAGAAACACCGACUUCCGCGCCUUCGUCAGCGGCCUCGCGUGGUCAGAGGUCGACCUCGAGAACCUGGAGGAGCGGCUUUCUCGAGGGACUCACGUUGCCAGGUGUAUGAGGAGAGGGGGCGUGCCUGCACAGGCCAUUAAACUCAAGACCAACUACCCUGACGCAGCUCCUUACGCCCCCCCUGAGGUUGCGUGCCCUCGAAUGCUCGGACAAAAGACCCAACACGCCGGGGCAUCCUCCUCCGUCAGCGCCUUCUCCUGCAUCCUCCUGGCGGUUCCGGUCCUUCUCGCGAUCCUGUGGCAGUAGAAGAAAUAUGCGUUGACUUGUUUUUUUUUUUUUUGUCUUAUUUUGUUUUAUUUUAUUCUAUUUUAUUUUAAAGGGUGAUGAUAAUGUACAAUACAGUUGAUGUUGAUAAGCGGGUAAUAUCCCAAGGUCUGUUUAUUUAUGAUCCGGAUACCGAUAAGAGAGAAGACAAACAAAUUACAUGUAUAUUAUGUACGAUGGUAAAACGUACAUAACACACAUACACUCAUACGCUGACUGACUGAUACAGGCACUCACACGCACGCACACACACACGCAUG